AUGCAGAGCGCAACGACAACCGCGACGACCAUUCGUCCCAAGGCAUCGCCUUCUUCUUGGGAAAGCACCAACUCAAAAGAAAAGGCUCCAAGCCUGACGCUGAAGGAUACAAAGGUCGCAAAUGAUGAGGCAACUCCUCCUACUAAGGUCACUACAUCCGGCAAGACGGGAGGUUUCUACGAUCAGCAGACUCUAUGGGAACAAGAACUCCACCGCUAUCAUCCCUCCUUUUGGACAUUGGUACGAGUGAUAAGUCUCAUUGGGUUUCCCUACUUGAUGAGUGCCAUUGGAUCCUUCUUUUGGCCUCUGGUUGUGGAAUUUGCCGAAGCCAACGGACUGAAAGUGGCCCGGGUAGCUCAGGCAGCCAUUGCUUUGGUCGGCGGGUCCGCGUUUGUCGCACACAAUGCAUUCUUUGCGGCCAUCUACUACUUUAACAUUCCAUCCUUUGACCAAUAUCGAGUGGAUGACAAGCCGUGGCAUUGGGAUAUGCUAGGUGUCAGUGGAUGGCGAGAAAUGCUACGCAACACCAUCCUACAGAUCCUGUUUAAUUUUAUCGCUGUCAACGCUCCCGUCAUGUACUUGAUCUCACGCCGCUGGGGUGGACUCCCCUUUCGCAUGGACGCCACCAGCAUUCCAUCGGGCGGAGAAAUCUUUUGGCAACUGUUGUUUUGCACCGUCAUAGAAGACUUUUGCUUUCACCAUUCCCAUCAACUGUUACACACCAAACAACUCUACUGGAUUCACAAGGUGCAUCAUCGAUACCACGCUCCCAUUUCCAUUGCGGCCGUAUAUGCCCACCCCCUUGAAACGGUCUUUGGCAAUAUCUUUCCCUUUGUCUCGGGUCCCUUUUUGCUGCAGUAUCGCAUGCACGGAUGGGCCUUUUGCAUUUGGGGCAUUUUUCGACUGGCGGCAUCUCUGGAAAAUCAUUCGGGCUAUGAGUUCCCGUGGUCCAUGUUCCAGGCCAUUCCCUUCAAGGCACCCACCGAAUAUCACGACUUUCAUCACAAUCGCAAUCAAGGAACGUAUUCCGGCGUGCUUCGAUUCUGGGAUUGUGUGUAUGGUACCAAUAAGCACUAUUUUGAAUGGGUCCGUGCCGGACGUCCGGAUACAUUCAAGACCCAAAAGUUCAAGGAACAAAAGCAAAAGUAA